AUGAGCGAUCUCGGCAUGCUCAACUACUACCUCGGCAUCGAAGUACAACAGAGUACUACCGGCAUCACCAUCUAUCAAGGUGUGUACGCGAUGCUGCUGGACACAGCUGGGCUAGCACACAGUAACCCUACAAGAACGCCAAUGGAGGUCCAACUCCAGCUAAGGAAGGUCGGCACUACGACGGUAGUCGACAUCACCAAUUACCGUAGCAUUAUCGGGAGACUGCGCUAUCUGGGAGGAGCAUCUCGUGACUGUCAAGCACAUCCUGUGCUAUGUGGCCGGAACCAGAGGCUGGAGUAUGAGAUACUGUGCAGGGAGAGGCUGGGAUGUGAGAUACUGGCCGGUGAACUUGAUGAUCGUAAGAGUACCAGCGGGAUGAUUUACUUCCUCUCAGGCGGCGCAAUCUGCUGGCAAUCAACUAAACAAAUGGUAGUUGCUCUGUUCUCUUACGAGACAGAGUACAUCGCCACUUCGACGACGGCCACACAGGAGGUCUGGCUUGCGCGAUGGAAGAACUCAUCAGAAGAGAAGUUUCCUCGUUGUUCAUGCCUUUCUGAUCUAGUUUUCCAUCGACGGGGAAUCAACAUGUUGGGUUCGGAAUCUCUGUUAGUGGAAGGAGGUGUUCGUUCCGACGUUCAAGAAUCGACGAGUAAGCACUACUACUUAGGCAGUGAUGAUUUCAAAUUUCAUCGAAGCUUAAGCGUGAAUGAAGAGGAGAAAUCCAGCGAUCUGUUCGAGAUCGACCUAGGGCUUGAUGUGCAAUCGAAUCGUAAACUGGAGGAUGAUUGCGAAGAGAGUUGGUUCUCCUUCGAUUUUCGCAAAUCGAACCAUUGCGUUUACGUUGGGAUCGGCGAUAACGACGCUUCCAGUAUGGCCGCCUUGCAAUGGACUCUCGAUUUCGCUGUUUUACCAUCCAGUAUCGUGUAUUUGCUCCAUGUCUCCCCCGAGAUUCGCUUCGUCCCCAGCCCGUUGGGAAUGCUUCCGAGGAGCCAGGUCGGUCCGAAGAUAGUGGAGAAGUUCAUGGCGGAAGAGAGAGCAAAGAGGAGGGAGUUUCUCCACAAAUUUGUUGAUACAUGUUCUUCUGCUCAGGUCAAUGUGGAGGUUGUGAUGAUCGAGAGUGAUAUGGUAGCCAAGGCGAUUCUUGAUCUUAUCUCUCUUCUCCAGAUAAGGAAACUGAUACUAGGGAAGAACAGCACCAAGGCCAGAAAAUGGAGAUCGAAGAGAGAAGGAAUAGCCAAACAAAUACUGAAAAAUGCAGAAGAAUUUUGUGAUGUGAAAAUCAUAUGUGAAGAAGGAAAGGAAUCAACCUGCCAAGUGAUUGAUUCAUCUUCAUCAUCAUCUUCUUGUUCUUCUUCUUGUUCUACAAAUUUCAAGAUCAUGAAGAAAGAACAUGGCCACAGUGGAUUCGUAUCUUGGAGGUGUUUCGGUGGUUAA